AAGCCAGCCGUGACUGACUUGCUUUUGCUUUCAUGAUGAUCCAAGCGGCCGGCGUGAGGGGAUUUUAAAACCAAGUCAGUUCUUGAGAAUUUCGGAGUCGGUGUUGAAGAGUACCUUUUAGUGUUCAUUGGUUAAUCGUGUGUCGCUGAACGCUUCAUUGGAGCCAUGAGUGACGAUUGGGAAGAAGACGAAUGGACUCCUCAAGAGACGUCCUCCAAGCAGCCUUCUGAGGGCGGUUGGCAAGAUUCCUUCAGUGGCAGGACACGAGGGGGCCGAGGGAGAGGCUCAAGGAAUGAUGGUGGAAACCGCAGCAAUUGGCGAGACAGAAAUGAGCAGAGUGGCUACAAUGAAAAUCGGGGUGCAGGAAGGGACCGUGGCGGAGAUGAAGGUGGUGAUACAACCACUAUCAAUGUUGAUUCACAGUACCUUGGGAGAAUCAUUGGAAAAGGUGGCUCAAAAAUCAGAGAGCUUGAGUCUGAGUCAGGGGCUCGUAUCAAGGUAAAUCGUGAUGAUGCCACAGUGGUCCUUUCUGGAUCAAGUGACUCACAACAAAGAGCAAAAGAAAUGAUUGAUGAGUUGAUGACUGAUAAUAGAAGAGGGGGAGGGGGUGGUUAUGGUGGAGGGAGAAAUGAUAGAAAUGAAAGAUUUGGUGGCCGAGGUGGCUACAAUAAUAGUGGGCCGGAUAUGUCUGCCAUAGAUGCUUUGGCAGAUGAGCCAGCUCCUGUGAUAGACUGGGACCUUGUAAAUGAGCAACACGCAGCAGCUAGGAGUAAACGCUUGGCAGCUCUACCGCCACUGAAGAAAGUGUUUUAUGAAGAGCUUCCAGAAGUUGCAAACAUGUCAGAAGAGGAAGUUGAAAUAUAUAGGUUGCAGAGCAAUAAUAUUCAAGUGGCCUAUGUGUUUAAGGACACAGGCAGAAAACCAAUUCCCAACCCUGUAAAGACCUUUGAGCAGGCAUUCCAUAACUACCCAGAUAUUCUUACAGAAAUUUACAAGCAAGGCUUUAAGUCGCCCUCUCCCAUUCAAUGUCAGGCCUGGCCUGUGCUCCUUGGAGGCCAAGAUCUGAUAGGAAUUUCACAGACUGGCUCUGGUAAGACAUUAGCAUUUCUGUUACCAGCUUUGAUUCAUAUUGAUAAUCAGGAAAUACCACGAUCAGAACGCGGCGGGCCUAAUUGCCUUGUUCUUGCUCCUACUAGGGAGUUAGCUUUACAGAUAGAAAAGGAAGUUAAUAAGUAUUCUUACCGAAACAUUAAAGCUGUGUGUGUGUAUGGAGGAGGAGACAGAAGGUCUCAAGUAUCAAAAGUAAAUAAAGGUGUUGAAAUUAUCAUUGCGACCCCAGGGAGAUUGAAUGAUCUCUGCGCAGCAAAUGUCAUUGAUGUUACAUCAAUUACUUAUCUUGUGUUGGAUGAAGCUGACCGAAUGUUAGACAUGGGCUUUGAGCCCCAAAUCAGAAAGACACUGAUUGACAUUCGUCCUGAUCGGCAAACUGUUAUGACUAGUGCUACCUGGCCAGAAGGAGUACGCCGUUUGGCCCAGUCAUACAUGAAUAACCCUAUCCAAGUAUUUAUUGGAACUUUAGAUUUAGCUGCUUGCCACUCAGUGACCCAAAUUAUUGAUAUAGUUGAUGAGGAAGAAAAAUGGGAGAAGCUUAUGUGCUUUUUUGAAGAAAUGCAAGGGGAUGACAAAGUCAUAGUCUUUGUCGGCAAGAAGACUCGGGCAGAUGAGCUAUCAGCAGAAAUGGCUCUGAAAGGAGUUAAUGUGCAGUCAAUACAUGGAGAUAGAGAACAAUCAGACAGGGAACAAGCUCUGGAGGACAUUAAAAGUGGCGAGGUUCGCAUUCUGAUUGCAACUGAUGUUGCCUCAAGAGGCAUUGAUAUUGGAGAUAUAACCCAUAUUAUUAAUUACGACUUCCCUCGUAACAUUGAGGAAUACGUGCACAGAGUGGGUCGUACUGGCCGUGCUGGCAAGACAGGGACUGCCAUUACAUUCUUCACUCGAAACGACUGGGGCAAUGCCAAAGACUUGAUUCCAAUCCUUGAAGAAGCUGGCCAGCACGUGCCAGACGAACUCGUCGCCAUGAUGGAGCGCUUCGAGGCGCGGAAGGCGAGGGAUGGUGACCGAAGGGGAGGUGGCUGGGGCGGCGGUCGCGGAGGCCGCAGGGACGACCGAGACGGAGGCGGCUUCGGAGGCGGUGGUCGCGGAGGCCGCGGCGGCCGCAGGGAUGACGGCGACGGCUGGGGAUUUGGCGGGGGCGGGGGCGGCCGCAGGAAUAAGUGGUGAUGAUCUUUCACUCGGACUGCUCUUUUACUAUAUCUUUUGUAGAUUUAUCCAAAGUACAAGUUGAGCCUUUGUAAUCAGUGUUUCUUUAUUUUCAGUAUUACUUACUGUAGUAAUGCCUAUAUUUUUAGGUGCUAUUGAAUCUCUUUUUUUGUAUCAACAAUCAAAAUUUUAUCUUGUGACAUGUAAUUUAUUGUUAUCUGCAUCUAGUCCCUAGGCGUUACAGGGAUGGGUGUUUGUGAUACCUUGCAUGUUGAAGUUGCAGGAGCCUUUUGUUAUGUUCGUUAUGGAACCUUAUAUGCUAACAUUGUUGCUUCAUUUGUUAUUUAUGUCUAUUAUGCAUACUUUAAUAAGUGAUAUGUUCCUACCAAGACUGUCAAAUGUGCCUUUGAUCAAAAUAUAUUAUUACUUUCUAUCAAA